AUGCGUGCUCAGUUCUUUCUCCACUCACAGUCAUCUUUUAGUCGUCGAGGCAGCAAACCGCUUCCUUCCUGGUUGGCAAAUACUUUUUCGACGCUUGUUGCCGACCAUCCCCUACGUCUGCUGUUACCCAAGCCUCGAGACGACGAGCCAGUCGAAGAGCAGGAUUCAAGCAGUGCUCUGGAGGAUGUGUUUGUUUUCAAUCCACCAGAAUCCAGCAAGUCGGACAGCUCGUCAUCCUACGAAUUUACAGACGGCUUUGAAACUUUUCAUCGUGACAAAAAGGCUACGCUUUCGAUCCUCCCUUCUGCUUUCUCUCAUGCUUCAGCUGUAUUGGAAUCCGACGACCAACCGCUUCCAUUCUCUACUCCAGGGCCUGACUAUGCGCGCGCUUCUCUCCCAGCCCUUCCCGGGAAUAUUAACCCCCUAACCGACUAUCCUUAUGCAUCAUCUGUCUCUUUCCCUUCACCUGCUGUAUCUCCGUCUGGUGUCGAACUCUUUCAGGAUGCUUGCUACCACGAGCCCAAUACCACUAACAACUUUAUUUCAGAUUCCAUGAUUCAAGGCGUUGCAUAUAUGGAGCAUGCGCCUGCGAUUUACUCAACUCCAGGUCCUGGUUAUGUUACCGAUCAUUUCCACUUUGAUUCUCCGAUCGAGGACCCUACAGAUCCUGAUGCUUCGCAACCUCAUUAUGAUAUCGAUUAUGAUUCUCUGGGCUUUAGGUGGAAACCGUUCAACAGAAAAGGACAAGAACCUCGUCUAGUCCAACCGGCUGAUACUUAUCUGUGGGCUGAAAGUCAUGGAGGUGAUCAAGCCUUGGAUCAGAACGAUAACCAACCGCCUUCAAAAGAAGAAGCUUCCCCUAAUCCAUUUCGAUUUCUCCCACACAUGGACGACAAAAAGAACACUCCACCGCCUGUUUUGAUUCAGCCUUCAUUACGUGGGUCUACUGGUGCCAAGGCUGGUCCUGCUUUUGCUCCUGCUAAAGGGGUUUUCAUCUCGCCGCUCCGCAGCCAACCAACGCCAUCAUCACCUGUUCAGGUUUCCCUCGAUUUAGCAGUUCCCUUCCCGCAAGAUCUGUCGCCCAUCAUUGUGACGUCUGCGCGGAAUCAACCUCCCAAGCUUAAUGCUGCGUUUGAUGAAGUUUGUUCCCAGCUAUCCAACGAUAGCAUCGAUUCUUGGAGAGAUGAAGAAGAGGCCCAAGGCUAG